AUGUCGCUCGAUGUCGACGCCUUGGCGUGCGCCAGAGCGUUGGCGACGCCGAACGUGUACUCCGUCGAGUACGAGCGAGCGUCGGCGGCGCUCGAGCGAAUGGCGACGUCGACGUCGACGUCAGCGCGUGCGUGCGUCUUAGCGCUCUUAGAGGGGGCGGUGAUGACGACGUUGACGUCGGCAGAGCGACAGAUGUGCGGCGUGGUCGCCGCGCGGGCGAUGAAACGGGCGUGGGAGGGGAUGGAUGCGGAGAGCAAGACGCGGGUGAGAACGCUCGCGUUGAGGGCGCUUUUCGACGAACGGGAGCGGGAUCGAGGGACGAUGCCGGCGAUGGUGCACGUCGUGAACGUUCUGGCGACGUGUGUUGAGGUGGACGCGGACGGUGGGGUGGGUUUGGUAGAGAUCGCGCGCGCGGUCGAGGCGGGCGCGGGGAGCGCCUUGGCGAGUCAUCGAGAAGCAAGCGCGCGAACGUUGGCGGCGAUGUGCGAGUCUCUGGGAGAUCGCAUGGCGAGCGAGCACGAGAGAUUAUUAGUGUCAUUUGUACGAUUACUCGCGGACGCAGACGCGGCUGUGCGAGUGGCGGCGGUUGUGGGGAUUGGAAAAGUGGCGUCGUCAUGGUGCGUUGCGCCGGCGCUCGGUCCUGCGCUAGCCGAGUGCGCGGUGACUCUGGUGCGAGGAGCCAGAGGUACGCUCGAAGCCAGGGAUGAAAAUUUACUCGGUCAUCUCCUCGAGACGAUGUCGGCCUUGGUAAGCGUACGAGAGGAGGUGUACGGCUCACACAAUGUCGCCAUGUUGGAAAUUUGCGAAUUUGCGCUCCGCGUCGCCACCGAUGCGUCACUGGACACCGGAGCGGUUCGCUCGCCGGCAUCACUCAUCCUGACCAAGUUAGCAAAGAAACACACUGAACUCUUAACUGAGACAAUGGACGGGCAGAUCGAUUUGCAGUACGAUCCGCACGUGCUCGGGAAAGGCGGUUCCAUCGCGUCGGCGCUUGUGCCACCUUUGUUGACGAUAGCGAUGGAGUCAGAGGUGUCCGGCGACAUUGAGGAAGACUUCGAAGGCGAAGGUCGCGAUGAGCAGAGCUCAUCACCGGCAGCUUUAGCGCGAAGUACUCUUCGAUCUCUCGCCGGUGUUCUUCCAAAUCACUUAGUGGUUGAUCCGGCUCUAAAUCUUCUCGAGAGACUGAGAGCGGGAACGAGCGCGCCAGCUGCAUGGAAAGUGUUCGCCGCGGUCACAGAGGGAACACGCGGCGAUGGAGUAACGUCUCAUCUUCCAGCACUCGUUUCCGAGCUCAAAGAAGUGAUGAAAAGCUGCGAUGUCAAUCUGCGUAUGGCUGCCACCGAGGCGUUGUGUAUGAUUGCCACGCACUGUCAACCGGAGAUGGCAGAUGAGUACACUGAAACGAUGUUCGAGCUCAUCACAAACAUGCUGAUGAAUUCAUCGAGAAGCUGUCAGUGGGCCAUACACGGUGCGUUAUCCAAGAUGUGUGAAAAUACACUAGGCGAAUCCAUCGCGCCUCAACUUCCAGCUCUCGUCGAAGCUUUGAAGGCACAAACAAUGGAUCAGUCGUGGCGCACCGCGGCUCGAGCCACGUCUACUCUCGGCGCCGUGGCGCAGUGCUCGUUGGACUUUUUCACGCCUCACGCCGGAGAGACUCUCUUAUUCUUGCUCGAACGCGUGCGAGCGGCAGAUCAAAGCACAGGUGGUAUGGAACUAAGGGCGCGAUCGAUGGCGACGAUGGCGACGAUUUUGGGAAUUGUUGGGAUUGAGAGCGCGCCACCGGGAUUACUUGAGCUUCUGCUCCAGACUGCCGCUGCAGCAUUGAAUUCAAGUGAUACGAUCGCGCGGGAGUGCGCACACGAGUGUUUGGGUAAGCUAUCAGUUGCUCUGGAAGAGAAGUUUGAACCGUUCGCUGUCGAUGCAGCGUCUGCUGCCGUCACGGCGUUGGCGCAAGUAGAGGCCCCAGCACACACGGUCGCCGUCAUGACUGGUGUCGUGGAAGAACAAAUGGCCGCUGCAGAAGCACUGGGGCAAUAUUUCAAUAGCGGCGUGGCGUGCCUCAGACCGUUCUUACCGAAAACACUCGAAGCGCUCGCGUACGCCUCGGAACCAGUUCGUUGUACUCCACUACGCGUCACUGCGAUUCGCGCCGUUGAGUUCAUUUUCACUCCUUGGAUGAGCGCUGAGGGACAAGAUGCAAAUUUUCUCGCACUUUGUGCGGCAACAUUCAAACUUCUGUGCGAUCGUAUACGGACUGAUCCUGAUGCCGCCGUGGUCUUAGCCGCAAUUCAAGGGAUGAGCGAGUUAUUAGACAAGGCAAAAUCUGUCGCUACACUUCCCGAAGAUGUUUUGCAAGGUACAAAGGACGCCGCAGACGUCAUCAUCCGAUGGCAAAGUCUGUGCCAAAUAGAAUUUGAGGCUAGAGAAGAGGCUGCAGAAAACGAUAAUGAUGACGAAAGUGAGGACAACGAUAUAUUCGACACGAUGGUAUUCUGGGCUGAGCGUAUCUCGCCACAGUCUGAUAGUGAUGCGGAUAGCGACUAG